GAGGUUUGGUGGUUUGCCCAAAGCCACACAGCUGGUGAGGGCUUGAAUUUUCAUUCUGUUGAAAUGCAGAUUCCGAUUUGGUAGGUCUGGGGAUGGGCCUGAGAUUCUACACUUCUUUUUUUUUUUUGGCCAUGGCUGUACAGCGUGUGUGGGAUCUUAGUUCCCCAACCAGAGAUUGAACUCUUGACCCCUGCUGAAGAAAUGCAGAGUCUUAACCUGGGAACCAGAGGAAGUCCUGAGGUUUGAAUUUUUAAAGCCUGCACAUGGUUUCAUGUUAGAGAUGAAAAUAAUAUGAAAAUGAAGUGCUAAACUUCACACACAAUGGCUUGGCCUUUUAGUAGCUACUUGGCAUGGAGGAGGGGGAAGGGGAGGGGGAAAGGGAGUGCCCCAACUUCCCUUCUGCCCUUCCUGUUGUGUCAACUCCAGCUGAUGCCCUGCAGAGGGCCAGCCAGCUCAAAAGAGUCAGCAGAGAGGUGCAGUGUCAGGUUAUUAUGACAUCAUGCGGACGAGUCUAUUUUCUACCUGAGCCCUUAAUCUGUGCCACAAGCUUUACACAUAUCGACUCGUCAAAGCCUCCCCAAACUGGUGAGGUAGGCUCAUCUCUGUGACUAGCUUCUCAGAUGAGGAAACCCAGAGAGAGAGCUGGCCGAAACUGUGCACUCAAGAGUCACAGAGGCCGGGUCUGCUCAGGGUCACUGGCUGUCCGGCCUUCCAACUCUCCCAAACCUAAGACUUUUGGAUGGUGAUGUUCUAGGGCCUGGAGUUUCAGAGUGGGACUAACUAACACAGUUUGAAAUUCAGCUCUGUUACUUGCUUAGCUGAGCCACCUUCGGUGUCUGCAGCCUGAAUGGAGAACACUUCUCUCGGCAAUGAGUAUGGGGAUUACAGCGACCUUCCGGAUCUCCCGGUGGACUGCGCUGAUGGCUCCUGCAUGUCCAUCGACCUCCUCCACGCGACCCCGCUCCUGCUGUAUGCUGCCGUCUUCCUGGUGGGGGUGCCGGGCAACGCCAUGAUGGCCUGGGUGACCUGGAAAGAGGCCCGCCAGAGGGUCAGUGCCAUCUGGUUCCUCCAACUGGCCGUAGCGGACCUGCUCUGCUGUCUGUCUCUCCCCAUCCUGGCAGUGUCGGUCGCCCACAAGGGCCAUUGGCUGUACGGGGCAGUGGGCUGCCGGACCCUGCCGUCUGUCAUCCUGCUCUCCAUGUAUGCCAGCGUCCUCCUCCUGGCCACUCUCAGCACGGACCUCUGCCUGCUGGCCCUCAGGCCCAUCUUGUGGGGGGUGGCCAGGCGGGCGUGCAGGGUGCGGGCAGCCUGUGGGGCAUGCUGGGGGCUGGCCCUGCUGCUCACCGUGCCCUCAGCCAUCUACCGCCGGCUGCAUCAGGAGCAUUUCCCACACCGGCUGGAGUGUGUGGUGGACUACGGUGGCUCGACCAUGGCCGAGAACUCAGUGACGGCCACCCGGUUUAUUUUUGGCUUCCUGGGGCCGCUGGUGGUUGUGGUCGUCUGCCACAGUGCCCUCCUGUGUCGUGCUACCCGACGCCGCUGGCCACUGGGCCUGGCCGUCGUGGUGGGGUUUUUUGUCUGCUGGGCCCCUUACCAUGCGCUGGGACUGAUACUCACCGUGGCGGCCCCACACUCCACCCUCCUGGCCCAGGCCCUGCGGGCUGAACCCUUGGUGGUGGGCAUGGCCCUUGCUCACAGCUGCCUCAAUCCCAUGCUUUUCCUCUAUUUUGGGCAGGCUCAACUCCGCCAGUCUCUGCCAGCCGCAUGUCGCUGGGCCCUGAAGGAGCCACAGAGCGAGGAUGAAAGUAUGGUCAGCAAGAAAUCGACUAGCCACGACCUGGUCUCAGAGAUGGAAGUGUAGGCUAGGGGGAAAUCGGUUUCUAUCCUCCUAUCCCAUUUUGCAAGAUGGGCUUCAGGCAUAGCUGGAUCCAGGAGCUUAAUGAUAUUGUCAUUUAUUCUUUUAUUCAUUCAACAAACAUUUGUUAUGCCCCUGCCAUGUGCAGUGCAGAUAUAAAAUAUUUCCAUCAUUGUAGGAAGUUCUAUUGGACAAGGUUGCUCUAGAAUAUCACCUGUUCAGAUCUUUGAAAUCACAUAGUAGUGAUACCCUCUUAACUCCAGGACAGCACUUUACACACAGUUUCUCCUUUAAGGUAAUUCUUUCAACAACCCAGAGGUCGUUUUCCCAAGAUCGCACAACAAGGAAAUUAUAGAGCUGAGAUUGGAUCCCAUGUUUACCUGACUCUAGUAUCCAUGCUCUUGAUCAUUGAUAAUUUCUUUCAAUGCCUUCUUCAAAUAGUACUUCCUCCAGGGAGGUCUCCCUGAUUCACUCUCCUCCCUGGGGAACAGAACAUUCUGUUCUCCAAGUUCUGGAACAAAACUUCCCAGCUAACCUGUAAGUUUUCCAGGGACAACAUCUGGGCUAGUUUAAUUUCUGUCUCGCCUCCACCCUUCCCAAACUUUAAAAAGAGCCAAACUAUGUUUGUGUACACUGUUUUCUUCCAACUAGAUUGUGAGCUACCUAAUGAUGGGGAUCUUUUUGUUAAAAAAAAAAAAAAAAACAACUGAUACAGGGACACGUCUUAGGUCAACAACACAUAUUUUAUUUUUUGAUAUUUUAUUCAGCAUUCUCAUGGAGAAGGGAAUGGCAACCCACUCCAGUAUUCUUACCUGGGAAAUCCCAUGGACAGAGGACAGAGGAGCCUGGCAGGCUACAGUUCAUGGGGUCACAAGAGUUGGACUAAACCACCAGAAUUCUCAUGCAUGAUCCAAAAUUGCCUUAUCAAAUGAAUCCUGUCCUGGGACAAUUUAUAUAACUUCAUGAAAAGUUGGAAGAAAUCUUGCUGUUAAUCCAUUGGGGCCAGGUGCCCUGUAUGAGAGUUCCUGUACAUUUGUAAAUAGUCUUUUGUAUUUUUUGAAAUUUGUUUCCCUUUCUUAUUGCAUCAGUGUUACUUCUAGUUAAAAAAGAAUUAAUUUCAUGAAAGCUUUUAGAGUCUUUCUGAGCAAUUUUUCAUAGAAGUCCUUUGAUCAUGAAAAAUAACCCUGUUUUUGGUUUGUUGCAACUUCCUCCUUUUGUUCUUAAGUUUGUUCUUUGGUUUUUGUUUAUUUUUAGCAUCAAUGUAUCAAGUUCUUUAGGUUUCCAAUUAGAAGAUUUCCCAAGAACUAGUUUCAAGUUUUCUACUCAAUCCUUAGCAUUGGUAAUUUGUUAUUUUCUUCCUAACUUCAUAUUUGUUGCUUGCUUUCUCCCAUUUUCAUUUUUUAAAAAAAUUGUAGUUCUCUUUUGUACGUUUUAAGCAGAUGUUAGUCAAUUUCUUCCCCUUCUUGUUUUGAUCAUGACACAAGAAUUGGCCUCUCGAUGUUCUAAUUGCUUCCUAAGGAUUCAAUAGUUACAUACAACUUACCACUUGACAUCCCAACUCAUUGUAGAAUAAAUAACUUAAUAUGCUCAAA